UCGUUCAGGUAGAGCGAUAGCAGCAGCAGACUCUCCUGUGACACUUGUCGUUGCGUCUGACUCACAGCUAACGUUAGCUCCGGUCAGGCCCGCGCGGCUUGGGUUGGUACGUUAUCCUCCGUACUUGUACAGUAAAUAUUAUGGCGGCCGCGGAUCCCCGGUCCUCGAGUGACGGGGGGCCGGCCAGCAGAGGGGGAUUCCCGGCCGGGGAGAACAGCCAUGACCGCGACGGCUCGGGCGGCAGCAGCAGUGGCGGCGGCGGCAGCGGCAGCGGCAGCGGGGAGGGUGAACGGGAGCGGGACCGGGCCACCUUCGAGUGCAACAUUUGUUUGGACACUGCCAGGGACGCUGUCAUCAGUAUGUGCGGCCACUUGUUCUGCUGGCCCUGCCUUCAUCAAUGGCUGGAGACGCGGCCCAGCAGGCAGCAGUGUCCCGUCUGCAAAGCGGGCAUCAGCAGGGAGAAGGUGAUCCCGCUGUACGGCAGGGGGAGCUCCAGCCAGGAGGACCCCAGGUUGAAAACUCCACCUCGGCCUCAGGGACAGAGAGCAGAGCCGGAGAGUCGAGGCGGGAUGUUCCAGGGUUUCGGGGACACCGGCUUUCACAUGUCCUUCGGCAUCGGCGCGUUCCCCUUCGGCUUCUUCACCACAGUCUUCAACACCAACGACCCCUUUCACAGAGCAGACCAGUACGCAGGCGAUCAUCAAGGCAACGGCAACCUCAACAACGGCAAUAACAACUGGCAAGACUCCCUCUUCCUGUUCGUCGCCAUCUUCUUCUUCUUCUGGCUGCUGAGUGUGUGAAGGCGACCGGACGGGGAUGAUGGACGGACGAGAAAAAUCGAUGUCUGGGAGGGAGGAGCGCAAAAGGA